GAUGACCAUAUUAAAGGAGCACCUGAACAGGCAUUCGAGGUUGAUGUUGAUAAAGUUACAUCAAAAAGAGAAAUCAAACCAACUGAUAAAGUUGAUAAAAUCGAGGAAUGCGAAACUGAGUUGGAUACUUUAUGCAAAAAAAAUUUCAUAACAUAUGGCGGUAUCAAAGCGAUAUUACCUUGGCUUUCUGUAUUUCUUGGUGUAUCACAUCAAGAGUCAAAAAGUAAGCUAAAGAACUGCAAAAAAUCAACCAUUUAUUCGAUUACCAAAACAAAAAGAGCAUCCAUCGUUUUAUCAAAAGAAAACAUUCGUUUAAAACCUGCUUUUAUUAAUGACAUUAAAAAAAUAUUAAAUAAUAAUGAAACAAAAGAUGUUAAUAAAUUAGAAAUCCUUCGUGAUAUUACGAAAAAAUACGGAAAUUUCUAUGCGAGCUACAUUGUUUUUGGAGGAGCUACAGUUAAAACUCAAAUAAAUACUAAAAAUUCGAGCGAGAUUACAGAAGAUAAAAUGACUGAUGUUAACAUUACAAUCAGCUCUAUUGUACAGAAUGGGUUUACAUUUAUAACCAAAAAUAAAUCAAAAACUUCUGCUGAUAAUAAGUAUUCAGUAGAGCGAAUUAUUGGCAACGAAUCGAGCGAAAACUACGAAGAUUGGGGAAUAGUUGAAUAUGAUGGCGUUAAUCCAAUAUUUGAAUUGCUGGAUUUUGAAUUGCAAAAGAAAAUCAAAGAAAUCUUGGGAUAUAGAAUUUUAAAAGCAAAUGUUGAAGAAAUCAAGUUUGAUUGGAAUGUUACAGAAAAAAAACAAUAUGUAUAUCAAUUCGCUAAUAAACUGAAUGAAAUUCCGGAUGGGCAUGAAUGUCAUAUUUUUGCAUCAAUAAUGAACAAAGAGGAUGAGAACGUAUUUUCAUUGCGAGUAGAUUAUGAAGAUAGAUAUAGCCCUGUAAUUUUAGUUCAUGGCUGUGUAUAUUCUUAA